CCCACCCCCCCUCCCCUCCAUCCCUCCCGCAGGGCGGCCAUGGCGAUCUCGCCCCUCCGCUCCCUCCCCCUCCCCCUCCUCCUCCUCCUCCUCCUCCUCCGCGCCUUCGCCUCCCUCCCCACGCAAGCCGCCGCGAGAGGCGGCCUCGGCCCGCCGCCAGGAAUCGCCGUUGAUAAACAUGGGGCAUUUUCGCGUGGUCUUCUUCAGGAUCAGCCUGAGAUCACGGAAGAAAUGGUUCGCGGAUAUAUGAGCAACGCUGAACUUGAGGGCGCUAUACAAGACUUUGGGAGGCGCUGUGCUAAUGUUUCCAGGAUAUACAGCAUCGGGAAGAGUGUAAAUGGUUCCCCAUUGUGGGCCAUUGAAAUAUCAGACAAGCCUGGGCUAAAAGAAGCUGAACCAGCAUUCAAGUUCAUUGGGAAUGUCCAUGGCGAUGAGCCUGUUGGAAGAGAGGUCCUUAUGCAACUUGCGUAUUGGCUGUGUGAUAACUACCUGAAGGAUCCUUUGGCAACUCUCAUUGUGGAGAACACACACCUUCAUAUACUUCCAUCAAUGAAUCCAGAUGGAUUUGCUCUUAGAAGGCGUGGUAAUGCAAACAAUGUUGAUCUCAACAGGGACUUUCCUGACCAAUUUUUCCCCAACAACGAUGAUAUUAAGCAACGGCAACCUGAAACUAGAGCUAUUAUGAACUGGAUAAAGCAAGAACACUUCACAGCCUCUGCUAGUUUGCAUGGGGGUGCUCUUGUUGCAAAUUAUCCAUGGGAUGGAUCUAGAGAUACAAGAAAACAGUAUUAUGGAUGUCCUGAUGACAAGGCAUUCCGUUACAUGGCGUCAAUGUACAGUCAGUCACACUAUAACAUGUCUUUGAGCAAGGAAUUCGAAGGAGGCAUUACAAAUGGAGCACUGUGGUAUCCAAUUUAUGGCGGCAUGCAAGACUGGAACUAUAUACAUGGAGGCUGCUUUGAGUUAACACUUGAAAUUAGUGAUGUAAAAUGGCCAAAAGCAUCCGAGCUUCUUGUCAUAUGGAAGCAAAAUAAGAUGAGCAUGCUCAACCUUGUUGCAAGCCUUGUAAAGACAGGAGUUCAUGGAAGGAUAUUUGCUGCAGAUACUGGCCGUCCUAUACCGGGAUCACUCAUGGUGAAGGGAAUCGAUUCAAAGAUAAAUGCUAGCGGAACUUUUGGCGAUUACCACCGGAUUCUUGCACCUGGUCAGAGUUAUGAAGUCGUUGCGUCGAUGGAGGGCUUCAAACCGAAAAGAACACGUGUCAUGCUGGGGCGUGAAGCCACGAAUCUGGACUUCAUCUUGGACCCAGACGGAGCCCUCAGGGGGACCAAGCCGCUGCGCAACGACUGCGGCUGCAGUUGCAACGACGACGGUGGCAGCAACAAGCCGUUCCUCCUCCGGGAAGCUUACCUCUGGCUGUAUCUCCUGGUCCUGUUCUUCCUGCUGGCCCUCUACCUUCUCUUGAGGAGGAGAAUGGCCUCGAGGCUCGCGGCGCAUCGGCAUUCUCCUCCGAAGCGGACUGUUGCCGUGUGAGAUGGACCUGUACGUGCUGGUACAUGUUUCAUGUUUGUAGCGUAACCACAGCCUUUACAAAGUGUUGUUCACACGUGGGAUUAGAUCGUGGCCAUGAUGUGCCAUGGAAGUUUUGAAUAGUUUUAGUUGGAGAUAUAUAUGUUUGAGUUAACCGGAUACAUAUAUACAGAGAUAAAGGACGACGUACAGUGGAUCUCAUGCUAAUAACGUGGUAGUUGUUGCUCUGUUAAUUCGCAAGCUAGUGAAAUUGUUUUGCGGUGCUCUUUUUCGCUACUUCCUUUGUAAAGAAAUAUAAGAGCGUUUAUAUUAGAUCACUAAAGUGUUAUGUGGUGUUC